AUCGAGGCUGCUUGCUGCAUGACAAAACAAUAAUGGAAAAAAGGGGCCAAGUCAGGUCGUGAGGCCGUGGUCAUGUCAUAGGCCUUGUCGGCAAACAGGCCUCUUCCCCUUCCUUGUUCGCUGCUCCUGCUUAUUCAUCCUUCCUUCCCGCUACCCAUCGCCCUCCAUCCUUCUCAUUCCACUCUUUCUUGACCCACCCAGCCCGUCUCAGGAACCAGGAACCACCACUAAGAUGGCCUCUGCGGAAGAUUCAAACGUCCUGCGGCAACUGAUCGAUCAGAUCGAGGGCGAACUCUCAACCUUCCAGGGUGUUGGCGGUGGUGAGUCCGAUCAGUCGCUGUCAGCCCUCGCUACCAGUCAAGGAUCUCUCACACCUUCAGAGUCCGGAGACAGCCAGUCUGGAUCGACGUCCUCUAUCUCCACCAUCGGACAGUCACUCGAUCAGUCCCAUUAUCCAUUCCCUUCGCCACAACAGCAGCAACAGCAGCAACAACAACAGCAACAACAGCAACAACAGCAGCAACAAUUAUACCCACCAUCGGCGACCUCUGCGAUAUUUGGCGCAGCUUUUGAAAGGCCUAUUCAACAGUCUCCGCCACUACUACUACAGCAGCAGCAGCAGCAGCAGCAGCAGUCUGCGUUCGGAACAACGUCGUUGGUCAUGAAUGGUAGUUACUUCAUGGGACCCCGAGCACCCCAGUACAUUCCCUCACCCCUCUCAUCCCCAAUCUCACCUGAGUUUGCUGCGACUGCGCCUGAGUCGGACCAGCAGGACGAUCAGGGCUCGAAUGACUCUUUAAGCAAUACUCGGCCGACCCAACUAAAGCCAUCGCUGUCUCAGGGGUCCCUCACGGCUGUGGCUACAGAUUUGCUGGACGAACAUCAAGACUCAUUCCUAGUAGACAAUACAGUUGUCCAAACGGAGACUCAAAGGACGGCUGAACAAACAAUGAUGCCGCAGGAUACGUCUCAGGAGGGACAGCUGUACGAUGAUGAUAUCAAGGUGGAUGUCACGGACCUUUAUGAGAGUUUUGGUCAAAGGAAACCGUUCAGAAUCGAGUAUGAAGAAGUGAUCGAGACGGAGGAUCAGAUUGGGGUUGAAGUUGAGGCUGAAGUUGAGGCGGAAGACGCGGACACAACCGAGGAUACUCCUUUGAGCACAUCCUUACCAUUGAAGCUCCCCGAGUUGUCGUUUUCGACCAAUGAUCUAUCAUCCCUGUUGACGCCUGAAAAUGACGCCCUGGUUAUGGGCGCUAAGGACAGGUCCGUGGCAGCCAACAUAGUGGAUCCGAACACAGACGGGGCUGAAAUGCACGCUGGGGAGCCGAGCGAAGGACAAAAUAAAUUCAUGAAUCAUGAGCAUUCGGACAGGAAACAUCUUAGUCUGAUUACCUCCGGAGUGGGACUUGCAGCAGUGGUGGAACCAAAGAUGGAGAGAAGCGUAUUGGACUUGCCGACUUGGAAUUUGGCACUCUUAUCGCCGCCCAUUGAAGUAAAAGAGAUGGGCUCCGCUUCAGCAACUGUAUCGCCCAUGAAUAAUCGGCGGAGUUCCACGGACCAGCAACAGGGCUCCCUUGCUGCCGAGAACCAGUAUCUAAACGGAGCCAUCUCGCCAGCAUCUGCAGUUGUGAUGACCCCAACCACUCCUUUCACGAACAGAGAGGCCAGGAUUAUAGCGGGUCGUGAGGCUCUUCUCAGAGUAUCACCCGAUAAGCAGCAGACCCAGCGCGGACUUUCCGUUUCCUCCACGACUUCGUCAUUCGAAUCAACCGUGGACAGACCAGCAUCUGCUGCAUCAUAUACUAACAGCGGCGAGGCCAACGACACGGAAACGCUGAUGGAUCUACAGGACGCUACACGUCGUGCCAGCCUCAAGAGCCAGCAGAUCCAAUCCGAAGAAGGCAUUUAUGAGGCAGUUCUCGGGCGCGGCCAAUUCAAGGAUAUCGAACCAGAGAAACUGGUGUUCCCUGACCAAAGCAUUCGUCCUGUUCCUCUAAAGUCCUAUAAAGUCCGCAAGAUGAGCCUGAAGGAGAAGAACCAGAUCUAUGCUGAGGCGUACGAAGCAUUCACGCGUGCAAGAACAGGUCUAGAUGUCUGGGUACUGAGGUGCAUGCUGCAGGACCGCCCGGCCUUAAUGAAAGAUCCUCCGACCAUAGUGAAGGCCGUAGCUGGAAAGUACGCUGCGGGAUCAGCACACCAUUCGUCUGAAAACCAGACCAAGAGCCAUACCGUUACUGGUCGAAUGACACCCACGAUUCCACAUUUUAACAGUCCUGUCCCAGGAAGCAUCAGUGGUGGCCAGGGCAUCGGAGCCAGGUUCAAGAGCGCAAGCAAGCGCCUUUCAUUGGAUGCCUCGGGCAGUAUUUCUGCUGGUCAUCAUCAGCCGGUGACUCCUGACAUCAGCGGGCAGGGCUCGUUUUUCUACAAGCAAAAGAGCACAAAGUCUGCAACUGAGUUGGCUACAGGACGAGCGCGAGGCAACUCAAGCUCUAGCGUCUCUUCAGGCAUCCAUCCGCCAUCGCAUGGAUCAGUGAGCCAUCGCCAUUCGGUCACAGAGUUGUCGGGAUUCACGGCGGCUUCAUCUCCGCAACAACCGCAACAACAGCUCCGCAGUGGACCCAUCUGCUCUCCGAUGAAUGGGUCGGCAUAUGUGAUGCAGAACAAGAGACACAGUAUUGCUGUCGCUGGCAGCCCACUGCCCAACUCACCGAGAAAUCGCACCAUAUUAGACAUGCAUGCAGGAAGCAGGCUGUCCAUGCCCGGAAGGGACAGCCCAACUCAGCAAGGCAGCCAUAGUAGCAACAGUCCAUCGCCCUACCAGCAGCAGCAAGCUGAAAUCGUGAGCUCACCGAUUUCGUACGGAGUGGCCGGAGCAAGCAUCGGACAGCAUUCAUCCACAUCAUCCAUUUACACAGGACUACCUCUCUCGGCCACCGCCUCAGUCUUCAUGGACCGCCCGACCCAGCGAAGCACGUCUGGAAAUCAAGUUCGUCGCCCUAGCAACGUAGCGGCCGCCACUAGUCUGCGGUUGGGACUCUCGGGUGGCUCUGGGAGUAACUCUGUGUCCAACUUCUCUAUCGGAUCACGAUCGUCAUCCUCCCUUGGAUCAGUCUCGUCUAAUUCUGUAGCCGAAUCUCUGGACCUUAAAGCGAAUUCCUCUCACCCCAAUGAACUCAAGCAGCAGCAAUCUCAGACUCAGUCAAACUCGCAACAAGAAACGGUAACAAUCUCAGCGACAUCGAUAACAUCAUCUCCUGCAGUCAGCACACCCGAAAAUCAGCCUACGCAUGCGUAUAGUGCAGACGGAACCCCUAUCCCCUAUGCGGACGAAACAAAAAGCAAGGACGAGAUCUAUUCGCCUUUGACCUCACCUAUCAUGAUCCCUGCUGGCGGCUUCCCAGCUCCCAAAUCAAAUCACAACCACAGUGGCGGCCACAAUAACAAUGGAGGCUGGAGUAGCCCUCAGUCUGCAGGAGGAGGCCUUACCAGGCCACUGACCUAUGCUGGUCCAUCCUCCUCAUCGUUGGCCUCGAGUUCCUCGCUGAUCAUGUCCUCUUCGUCAACUCUGAAGGGGUAUUCUCCUCAGCCUCAACAGCUAAUGGGAUCCAAUUCUCCGACCCCUGAGCGCAGUGCUAGCGGUAGUGCUCCGGAACCCAUGAAGGAAAAAACAGAAAAGAGCAGUCGGUACUCGACCUCGUCAUUCUCUUCGCUCAGUUCUUUUACAAGAAACCAGAAGCGAUCGAGCAAGAAGGAUCGCAAGAAAGAGUUGCGGGAACAACAACAGGCACAGAUGGAUCAAAGAUAUUCUGUUUCGUCCGCGUCCAUGAACCAGACACCUGCAAGUGUGAACGAAUACUGGACAGAGCAGAGUUUGGACAAACUGAGCGAUGUCCUUCCACAUGUGGACCGCGACCGGCUCUCGAUCUACUUGCAACGCGCAUAUGGAGAUGAAAUGAUCGCAAUCGGGUUGGCAAUGAGCGACUUUAGGUCUGGACAGCUAUGAGAAAAGAGCAUAAUAAACGACGAUAACUUUAUUUGAUUGC